AUGGCGGACGAAGAGUCGUCGGCGGCACUGGAAACGGCUAGAAAAUUUGUAGAUAAAUUGUAUGAUUACCGGGAUCACUAUGUUGAACGGUUUGGACUUGAAAAAGCUUCAAAGGCAGAUGACCUAGAUUUAAAGAUGAGAGAGACUUUGAACAAGCUGGAUGAGAUGAAAGAUUCUAUAAAGAACAAGGCUGAGUACUUUUUGCUACGUGGUCGGACUCUGAAUGUGGUGGGCAAGUUCAGUAGUGAAGCACUUGAAACUCUUUCCAAGGCAGUGAAACUGGAUCCUAAAUCUGUAGAAGCAUGGAAUCACCUAGGGGAGUGCUACUGGAAAAAUGGAGACAUGGCUGGCGCAAAAAACUGUUUUAAUGGAGCACUUAGCCAUUCAAAGAAUAAAGUCUCCUUACGGAACCUUUCUAUGGUGAUGAGGCAGCUUGAGGGAAAUCCUGAAGAGCGUCAAUCUCUUAUUAAGGAAAGUGUUGAACGAGCGAAAGAUGCAGUACAGCUGGAUCUUGCAGAUGGAACAUCAUGGUUGAUUCUGGGCAAUGCGUAUUUAUCCCUUUUCUUUUCUGGUGGACAAAAUCCAAGAGUCUUGAAGCAGUGUAUGAGUGCUUACACAAGGGCUGAACGUGACCCAGUGACACUUGGAAAUCCAGACCUCCACUUUAAUCGUGCCAUGUCCUACAAAUUCCAAGAAGAAUAUCAGCUGGCAUUAGAGGGCUUUCACAGGGCAGCACUGCUUGACCCUGGCUGGAAAGAAGCUGAAGCAGAAGAGAAAGCUCUGCUAAAUUACCUAGACAAUGUUGUCACACUAUCAGCAGCUAAGGGUAAACUUAAGCCAAAGAAGUUGGACAGAAUGCUUUCUACAUUGACACAUCGAGACCUGGGUCCUUAUGGGUCUGGGUCCUAUACAUCUCCAAGUGGUGUCUCUAUUGAUCUGCAGCAUAUUUCUAUCAGUGAACUUGAGCCAGAAAUAAAUUCCAACAAGGUUAUUGUUGGUAGAGUUGUUUGUUCUGUGGACACAAACACAACUGUUCCUUUCACAUUUUGCCUGUGUGACCAGAAAUCCUGCAUUCCUGUGACUGUGUACAAUCUCAUCCAGGGAGGUGGCUUCAAGAUUGGGGACUCUGUGGCCAUUCCUGAACCUUUUGUACAAGUUGUUCAUGUUGACCAUAUGGGAAAGACUUAUGAUUUUCACAGUGUGAGAGUGGAUUCUCCUCUGGUAUUGGUUGUGAAUGGAAACAAGUUGAAGGCCAACAAACAAUCUUUCUCAGUGUUAGCUGUCAGUGUUGUUCCUGAGUAGAUAAAUUGUUGUCCAGUAUUUGAAAGUUUCACUGAAUCUCAGUAUUAAGCCUGCCUUGCAGUAUAUUUGUUCACAUAUCUUGUACAUCGGCUUAUCCAAAGAUUAUGUGCAAUUUUCAGAUCCUAAAUAACCUCGCACAAGGUAUACUUAUCCGCUAAAGAACAAAAAAAUUCCCCUAUUGCUGACUGACCUUUGGAGUGAUCAUGGAAAUGAAUGGAAUGGAUGCCCCGAUUUUACAAUUUUGAAGUUUCAAGUCAGUUAUGUUAUAUUUAUUUGCAAGUACAUUCACUGCAUUUAUAAAAAUGUAAUACAGUGCACUCUGCUUAUAUUCGAGCCUUUCACACUAAAAUUUAACUAAUUUUUUUUUUGCCUGGAUGCAAUAUCCUUAUAUGACAAGUUUGGUAUACAAAAUAGAUUUAGGGUGGUGUAAGAUACUACAGCUUGCUCAUAAAUACACAUUUUCAAUUGGCUUGCAUAUAACCAGAAUGCACUGUACAGAUCUGGCUAAAUUUCAUCAGUUGAAAGACCAAAAAAAAAAAAAUUAUCAUUUUUGAUAGUAAAAUUUCUUUCUUCUUCAUACUAUACAUGAUGACAUGACUAUAGGGAGAUCACCUUUUAGCUACCUCAAAUCCAACUGCCCAGUCCCAUUUGGGUCCAACAACCACAGAACGAUAGGGACACAAAUUCAGCUCACCCCUCAUCCUCACCUAACAGUUUUAUGUAUCCCACAAAGUCUGAAAUAUUUUAAAUGCUCAACCUUUCUGACUGGGCUUUAUAUAGUACACUGCUGACAUUAGCUUUCUUCACCAGCUGCCUGGCAUGUGUACUGCAUUGCAUCAGAAAAUGUUUCAGUAAACUUUGGAUGACUUGUGCUUGAUGAUAUUAUGCAAUGGGGUGCAAUAUAACAUCAUUCUAGGCUUAUUUAGGAUCUUACAGUCCAACAGGAUAAAUUAACAGGGCAAAAAAUAUAAAUGAGCUAUAUCAAAUAUCUUCAAAACAAGAGCUAAUAAAAUUUGUUCAUGGUCAUGUUCGUGUUCAGCUCACCAAGAUACUACAGAUUAAAGACCUUUUUAGUCAUUAAUAAUUUCAAUGUUGACCAGUGCUAUCAAGCCAGUUACUGUAUGUUGUUUUGGUGACGAGCAGAUACGAAUUUGUGAUUUCACAAUGAAUACUUCAGAAAAGUGGAUGUUGAAGCUCUAUAAAAUUUUUUAAAGUCGCAUGUAAGAAUGAAAUUGAAAGUGUUGAUGUUUUUGAGGUUUGAAAUGUGUUAUAAAACUUUUCUAAUUUUAUAUGUUGCAUGUUUUCAAUAUAGAGCUGAUUAAAAUUAGGAAUAUA